AUGUGUGAUUUUUUGGCAGGUAUGUUUGCGAGAAUUUCCUUUUAUCCAACGUUGGUGUACAAUUUGUUUAUGGAAAAAGUAUGUUCGAGACAAUGGUACAACAGAAUAGAUGAUGUAGUCAUUUUGGGGGCCCUACCGUUCCCCAGUGUAGCUAAACAACUUAUUGAAAAAGAAAAUGUCAAAGGUGUAAUCUCAAUGAAUGAAAGCUAUGAACUUUUCUUGGCCAAUGAUUCAAAGGCCUGGGAAGCCCUAGGAGUAGAAUUUCUGCAGCUGCCAACCACAGACAUAUUCGCAACGCCCUGUCAAAAUAAACUCAUUGAAGGAGUUGAAUUUAUAAACAAAUUCACAAAGAAUAACAAAAUUAUAGAUGGUAAAUCAGAAAGCUCAGUUUACGUACAUUGCAAAGCUGGUAGAACAAGAAGUGCUACUUUGGUUGGAUGUUAUUUGAUGCAUAGGUACCAUUGGACUCCUGAAAGGGCGAUCGAACAUAUGAAAGAGAAAAGACCCCAUAUUUUAAUGCACAGUAAGCAAUGGGAAGCGUUACGAAUAUUCCAGUGUAAUUUAAAAAACGUAAAUGUCUAG